AAUGAUCACAACUGCGGCAUUACAAGAGAAAGGUAGAGACAGUAUACGUUACGAAAUCGUAUAACGACAAGAACUUUGCAUUAAAGAAUAGAUUAAUCAACAAUUAAAACUGAAAUGUCUUUGUGGUUUUGUGUUCAUACGAUGGAAGUCAAUGGGGGUCAAUGUUGUUUGGUUACCAACACUUCUCAAAAUAUCUUCUUUUGUGUUCUGCAGAAGAAAGAAAGUCAAGUUUGGAAUGACAUGAGGCAGGAGUCCGAGAAGACGACGUGUGACCGGGAGCCCAUGCCGAACAGAGAGGCCAUGAGUCCGGACGUGCAGGACUCAAAAGGUACGGUGGGAGAUGAGCACAACCAGGGAGUGGCUCCCUCAGCGCCACCGCUGCCCCAGGAAGAUCUGCCGUCUGGGCCUCCUCCGUGUCCUAGGCCCAAGUUAGUCUUUCACACGCAGUUGGCUCACGGAAGCUCGACGGCACGCAUUCAUGGAUUCACUAAUGUGAGGGAACUGUACGCCAAGAUUGCCGAGGUCUUCAACGUCUCAGCGUCUGAGAUACUUUUCUGCACGUUGAAUUCCCAUAAAGUUGACAUGCAGAAGCUUCUGGGAGGUCAGAUCGGCCUGGAGGACUUCAUCUUUGCUCAUGUCAGAGGAGAAACCAAAGAGGUGGAGGUGAUCAAGACAGAAGAUGCGCUCGGCCUGACCAUCACAGACAAUGGGGCGGGUUAUGCCUUCAUUAAAAGGAUAAAGGAAAACAGCACCAUUGACAGAAUAAAACCGGUGUGCGUUGGCGAUCACAUCGAGGCCAUAAAUGACCAGAGUAUUGUGGGAUGUCGACAUUACGAAGUUGCAAAGAUGCUGAAGGAGCAGCCGAGAGGAAUUCCCUUCACACUGCGUCUCGUGGAGCCCAAGAAAGCUUUCGACAUGAUAGGCCAACGGACGAGGGCGCCCAAAUCCAGCGAGGGCAAAAUGGUGAGCGGGAAAGAGACCCUUCGGCUACGGUCCAAAGGAGGAGCGACCGUCCAGGAAAUGCCCAAUGAGUUUGAAGACACGGCCAUCAGAAAGGUGGAUGAGCUUUUGGAGAGCUACAUGGGAAUCCGGGAUCAGGAGCUCGCGACCACCAUAGUGGAAGCCGGGAGGGACAAAAAGAACCCGGACGAUUUCGCAGAGGCGCUCGACUCCGUUCUGGGUGACUUUGGGUUUCCUGACGUCUUUCUUUUUGACGUGUGGGGCGCUCUCGGAGACGUUAAGAACAGACGUAUUUAGAGCGUAUCUGAUCGUUCAGGCUGAUUUGUGACGUCCGUCAUUUUCGUACACAAUCCUCCCGAUUCCCGUGCCGGUCCUGAGGAAUGGAAAAUGUCAAGGUAUUCCCGGCUGAAAUUCAACAUUCUUGCAUGUCGAGCAAUAAGAACUGGGUCAAACUGCAUUACGCAUCUUACUCGUUUAUGUGUUUUCCACAUCAACAAAUUUGACUUGGAGUAUUACUUUCAUUGAGAUGAAUAUUUUUAAACAUAUCGUAUGACUAUAUAAGGUAUGCAUUUGUGUUUCAUUCCUUUGUUUUUGCUUUGAAUGAAUUUAUGUCUUGUGUAGAUACAACACGUGUUACAAGCGUUACAAAAUGAAUUGUCUUUUAAGAUUAAUGAUAGUUCUUGUGACAUAAACGGUUUGUGUAAAUAUAUGAUCAAAUCCAGGCACAGUCGAAUCAGGUGUGUAUACUUUCAAUGUAAUAACCCUGGCUGUUUGCUUUAACUUAUAAAUCUUAUAAAGGGGAACGACAGAAUUUGUGUAGCAUGCUUUCUGUUUUACAUCGUACGUGUACCUUUUAGAUGACCUGUUGUGACAUUUGAAUGUAUGUAAAGAUUAAAAACACUGAAGAAUACCACACGUCUUGUCUCCUGAAAUUGGUACAUUUCUCAUUUAAAUAAGAUAACGAUCUUAUGCACAAUUUGGACGAAAGCAAAGCUAUCCACACAAAUGUGAGUUGAAGGGAUAGCCCGGCCAAAAAUAAAUAUCCUGUCAUCAUUAUUCUCCCUCAUGCUGUUUAAAACACAAAAGAAGAUAUUUUGAGAAACGUCUCGGUGGUUUUGUGGCCAUACAAUGGAAGUCGAUAGAGUUCAGUGUUGUUUGGUUACCAACCUUCUUCAAAAUAUCUUCUUUUGUGUUCUGCAGAAGAAAGUCAUUCAGGUUUUGACAUGAGAGUGAAUCAAUUUUGACAGAUUUUUUUAGUUUUGGGUGAACUGUUCCUUUAAAUGCAGACUGAUGCAACAUCUUUGCUGACAUGUUGAGAAAUAAAAACAAAUAUCAGUGAAGCGCUUUAAGACCUUAAAGAAAGCACAGCUCCCCUUGUUUCAUUAAACAUAUACACAUCUAUAUGCAAAGAACAAUAUUGACAUCACAGAGCAUUUUAAUAUUUCAGCCUUUAAAUGUGUAAAGUAUUAAGUUACUGCGAUAUGAAUGUAUGUACAUGAAUAAAUGCGUUGCGUUGGCCAAACAACAAAGCCCUAUUAAACCUGUAACGUCACCAGACAGUAAUGGUUUAAUUUGAACACUGAACAAUAUGAAAUCAAUUUUACUGUUUCAAAAUAAUUAAAAACAGAAAAUAUCUGCGUGCGUUCUCAAAAAUGUUCCAUGAUGAAAGCGAGCAUGAGUGUCCCUGUUUAGACAUUUAGACCAGAAAUAAAUCAGAAGCCUGAUGGAUUUUUAUAAAUACACUAUGGUUGCGUAAAAUAUGCACAAACCCAACAGUUACAUUUAUAUAGGCAUAGAAAUGGGUGAUUCUCACGAAAUCUUGGUUUCAAGAUGUCAAACAUGAUGUAUCAACAAAUUCCCUUUAUAUUAAUUUAAAACAAGAUAUGACAUGUUUAAAGGCAUUCAUUUUAAAACGUUUACUGACAGUGUAACGCAAUUUUACAAAAAAGGCCUUAAAAAUUCUCAUUACCGUAACCCUUUAAAACUGUCAAUGUCACAGCAUGUUUGGCUAAAAACAAGCGAAGCCAUGAUGCCUAAGCAGGUUUUUAUUAAUCAUGCAUAAUAAUGAAUUAUAUUUUAAUAGGAUAUUAUACAUGUAAAAUUUCUUUAAAUGUGGAAAACUGUAUCGGUAAUGAGAAGGGAACGUAGUUUUUUAACUAGAAAAAUA